AUGAAAACGCUAGGAUUCGCUGUCGCCGGCGUGCUGCCGCUUGCCACUGCCCUGCCCUCAUGGCUGGAUCUCGCACCGCGCCAGGCGGCGUCGACUAUCACCGUCGACCUGACGAAAACGUAUCAGACGAUGGACGGGUUCGGGUGCUCAUUCGCCUUCCAACGAGCGAACCUCAUCACGAACAUGUCGGAUAAGACGAAGCAGCGGUACUUGCUGGACCUGCUCUUCAACACGACCUCCGGUGCGGGGCUAUCGAUUGUGCGGAACGGCAUCGGCUCGAGCCCGGAUAGUAGCUCGGAUCAUAUGAAUACUUUUGCGCCGAAGAACCCUGGCGGCCCGAAGGCCACACCCCAGUAUGCCUGGGAUGGCAAGGAUAGCGGCCAGUUGUUCGUCAGCCAGGAGGCGUAUAACACCUAUGGUGUGCGCCAGAUUUACGGCGAUGCUUGGAGCGCGCCGGGAUAUAUGAAGACGAACAACAACGAGAACAACGGCGGCACGCUGUGCGGUGUUCCUGGAGCUAAUUGUCAGAGUGGCGAUUGGAGACAGGCAUACGCCGAUUACCUGGUUCAGUAUGUCAAGUAUUACGGUGAAGCUGGCGUCCCGGUUACUCGUAUUGGUUUUCUGAAUGAACCCGAGUUCUCACCUAGCUAUGGCAUGAGCUCAAACGGUGCACAAGCAGCCGACUUCACCAAAGUCCUAUACGCAACCCUCAAGGCCGCAAACCUGACCUCACAAGUCGGAAUCGGGUGCUGCGAGUCCGAGGGAUGGGGGAACCAAGUCAACAUGCUCAAUGCCAUCAAGUCCGCAGGUGCAGAAUCGAUGCUAGCCAUGGUGACUUCCCACACGUACACGGGCGGUAGCAAUUCCCCCAUGAACACCAAGGUGCCCGUCUGGCUCUCGGAGCAAUGCGACCUUAACGGCGGUUGGACGACGGCGUGGUAUAGUAACGGCGGCGCCGGCGACGGGUACACGUGGGCUAACAAUAUUUUCAAUGCCGUGACCGCGACGCAGGUCUCGGGGUAUCUGUACUGGGAGGGCGUACAGUGGCCCUCGCCCAACACCAACGAGAAGAUGAUCAAAGUAGACCAGCAGUCGCCUUACAACAUCGAAGUAUCCAAGCGGUUAUGGGCAUUCGCCAGCUGGUCGCGCUUCGUUCGCCCCGGCGCGAUCCGCGUCGCCACGUCGGGAGGCUCGGGCGUCAAGAGCACGGCUUUCAAGAACGUCGACGGGAGUAUUGCCGUUGUUGUGAUUUCCACCGGCGGAUCUGCGAGUAACGUCAAUGUCAAGGUUAGUGGUGGGACAGCGGCGGCAACGCAGGCUUCUGCAUGGGUCACGGAUGCCUCGCAUGAUUGCGCGAAAACUACUGUCUCGGUUGCGGCUGAUGGGACGCUCAGCGGUACGGUGGCGGCGAGGUCGAUUACCACGUAUCACAUUCCUGCUCCUGUGGCCCCUUCUGCGUAG